AUGAGGUUCCUCACCAGUAUAACUUUGGCAGCUCUGUCUGGGCUUGCUGCUGCUGCAUCACAGCAGAGUGCCGAUGUCUUCAUCCUUGAUUCCAAGCAACAACAAGAACAACCAUCCCGCGAAGUACCCCGGCUACCAAAAGAAGUCGUCCGCCAUAUCCUUCUCCAGAGGGCAAGUCAAACACACGCAUCCAGAGACAACUACGGCAGCGACCUUCGCGACAUCCCUAGCUCUAUCGAAACCGAGGCCGCGAUCAGCUUCCUUGCAAAGUACGGCAAGAGUCCGGCACCUCUUUUCACCCAGACCGAGACGAAUGAUCCAUCACAACUAGUUGUCAUCCUUGAGGGCGUCACUGCCGAGAAUGCUGGGCCUUUGAGGGAUUCGCUCGCCAAGUCAAGCCAGCAUGCCGCCUUCGCCAUCUCAGAUCCGCCAUCCAAGGUGGCCAAUGAUCGACUGAUGUCGCUUUUCCAAAACCUGGGUAUUGCUACGCCGGAGCAGUGCGACCUGGCCUCUGCCAUCAACCCCAUCAAUGGAGACUGCUGGACGGGCUCCUCGUCAGUGGUCAGGUAUGAUAUUCAGAAGUCGCCCGAGGCCCUCGAUACGCUCGUCGACAACCUGAACCGCCUCAACAAGUUCAUCUCCUCCGGCGACCUCGAGGCCGUCCUCGUCCUAAUGCCCGAGUCGAGCCGUUCCUCCAAGCUCAACCAUUGGAGCGUCAAAGCCGCCACCGGCUCCUCCUCCGAUCUCCGCCGUCGCUUUAACUCCGAGACCGUCAUCGUCGACGAUAGCGUCCGCGGCGCGAACGCUGCCGUUGCCCCGACCCAGCCUCCCCUCUCCCGUCCGACUAACAGUCACCUGCAGACCGCCGCUAAGAAGGCGAUUCCGCAGUGCUUUACCUCGGAGAAGAGCUGCGUUGACCAGACGGGCAACUGCUCGGGCCAUGGCACGUGCGUGGACAAGUGGGGAGGCAAGAACGGUAGUACCGAGGCUGGCGGAGCUAGCUGCUUUGUCUGCAAGUGCCUGGCUACUAUGGACAACCGCCCCGGGGCUCCGGGCAAGGCCUACAAGACUGUGCACUGGGGUGGUAACAUGUGCCAGAAGGAGGACGUCAGCAUGCAGUUCUGGCUUAUUGCCGGGUCUACCAUUGCCCUUGUCGGUGCCAUCGCCUUUGCGAUUGGACUGCUGUUCGAUGUGGGCCAGGAGAAGAUGCCCGGUGUUCUGGGCGCUGGUGUGGUUAGGGGGUCAUCGACUAAGUAA